AUGAGCCUGGGCGAGACCAUCGAGAAGCUCCACUACGCACACGAGCGAAACAUGCUAGGGGUCGGAGUGCGCAGCGCCUGCGGCGGCAUGUGCUGGCGACCCACGGCGCCGGCGACGUGCGGGAUCCCAGACGUGGUGCACAUCUGCCCGCACGCGCGACAGCCCACCAUCGAACGUGUCUACUGCGAAGGCGGUAACGCCGGUCAGCAAGGGGGGGGAGGCAGCAACGGCGGCGGCGGCCAGCAAGGGAGCGUGGUUAACGUGUUUUCGGCACCCGUGUCGCUCACGCAACAGCAGGGGUUGCCGUUCCUUCAACCGCAGACGCAACAGCAACAACAACAACAGCAGCAGCAGCCAAUGCUGUUCGGCAUCCCGGUGUCGGUGGCGAGCGAGCAGAGUUCAGUCCCGUGUCCGACGGGGCAUGACGGCGGUGGCAUGGGCGUGGGAAUGGGAAUGGGGUUGGGGUUUGGAAGCCGGGGUCUGGGGAUGGGAAUGGGGAUGGGGUUCGGUAUGGGCACUGGGGGAUCGAGUGGCGGCGGGAACAACAACAACAGCAGCAGCAGCAGCAGCAACAGCAACAGCAACACAGCUCCCCGCAAUGGAGUCUUCGUGUUCCCCGCAAACAACAAUCAGAGCAGCGGCGAAGGACAGCUGUUCCAGGCGAUACCGGCCACUCAGCUAGGCAAUAUCAAUAACGGCGGAGUGGUUUAUCAGCUGCAACCGGUGCAACGGCCGAGGGAGGCGACAUGGGUUCGGUUCGUCUGA